CACUUUUUUUUAAAAAAACUUUUUUUUUCCUCUUUCUCUCUCUUCCAAAAACCUCAAAAUCUCUCUCAUCAUUCAACAAUGGCGAAAAACUCCGAAAUCGAGAGAAUAUUCUCAAAAUUCGACGCAAAUGGCGACGGAAAGAUAUCAGCGACGGAAUUAAAGUCGUUAUUACAAGCAUUAGGAUCGGAAACAUCACCAGAAGAAGUGAAGAAGAUGAUGGAAGAGAUGGAUAAAGACGGUGAUGGAUUUGUGGAUCUGUUAGAAUUUUCCGAGUUUCAUGCCGGAUCUGGUGGUAAUGCAGGUUCUACUAAAGAACUUGAAGAAGCUUUUAGAUUAUACGAUAAAGAUGGCAACGGUAAGAUUUCUGCGCGCGAAUUAUAUGAUGUAUUGAAAAGUCUUGGUGAGAAGUGUUCUUUGAAAGAUUGUAAGAAGAUGAUUUCAUCUGUUGAUGCUGAUGGUGAUGGUCAUGUUGAUUUCGAGGAGUUUAAGAAAAUGAUGGCCGUUUGAUCAUAUCAUAGAAUCUAGAGAGAGAAAGUUGUUGCAGAAGGAAGAGAGAGAAAGAAAGGUUAAUUACUUAAUUAAUUAGUUACUAUUUUAGUAGAAGAAGUAUUACUUAAUUGUGCAUAGGUGAUGGAUGAUGAAUUUGAUGAUUAAUUAUGUUUUGUUUUUUUGAGCUUGUUGAUGAUGAUGAACAAGCUUUUUCUAGGGUGGAAUUUUUAAAUGUUGAAAUAGUAGUGGCGAAAGUACUAACGUGUUUUUUUCUAGGGAUUUGGAAGUAUUUCUGAUUUUGUGAAUACAGUUUUCUAACUGUUUUUU